UGUCACUCUGGCACUUUCAGAUUUCGUGUAAAAGUUGUAUUGUACAAAUUCCAAAGGGCACCCUUUCAGAGGGCGGAGGAAAAACCAUGCCAGUCAUCAAGUUGCAGUCCUCCGAUGGCGAAAUUUUCGAAACCGAUGCCGAGACUGCCAAAUGCUCGAGCACCAUUAAAACCCUGCUGGAGGGUUGUGCUCUGGAGGCUGAGAAUGACCCACUUAUUCCGCUGCCCAAUGUGAACUCGACGAUUCUGAAGAAGGUCCUCGUUUGGGCCAAACACCAUCGGGGCGAUAAUGAAGAGGAAAACGAUGGGAAGGCUGCCAGGCCAAUGGUGGAUAUCAGUCCCUGGGAUGCCGAGUUCUUGGCCAUGGAUCAGGGCACCCUCUUCGAGCUCAUCCUGGCGGCCAACUAUUUGGACAUCCGGAACCUACUGAAUGUCGCCUGCAUGACGGUGGCCAACAUGAUAAAGGGCCACACGGCUGAGGAGAUUCGCCAGACCUUCCACAUCACCAACGACUUCUCGCCCUCCGAAGAGGACUUACAGCCCGAGGAGAUGGAGGUCCAGGAAGAGGAUACGCUCACGGAGUUUGGUGACAUAUAAAUUCUACUUUCCAAAUCUGAAUAUUUUGAUAUUUUAAUAUGAUAAAUCAUGUUUAUCCUUCUAA